AUGGCGGAAGUAUACAAGGUGAGUUUGAAACUUGUUAUAGACAAGAAAAGGAAGAGGGUUCUAUAUGGUGAAGCAGACAAGGAAUUCAUCGACUUUCUUUUUACUAUACUUGCUCUUCCUGUUGGAACUGUGAUUAAGCUUCAAUCCACAGAACCCAUGCUGCCUGGCCCCCUCUCAAAUCUCUACUGUAGUAUGGACUCCUUGAACACGAUCAACUAUUUUGAACCAAAGCGGCGUCUACAAAAUCUACUAAACCCAAAGACCUAUUAUUUAUGUAAUAACAAUUAUAGAAAGCAGUCCUCUUGUCACAGUGUUAGUAGUACACAUGGCACAAAAUGUCCCAACUGCGGAGGAUACAUGACUAUCAAUUUAGCUUAUGUUUAUGUGGAUGAGGAAGAAAAGCUUAUUGAAGGAGGUUAUGUGACAGGGAUGGGUAAGUAUAUGGUGAUGGAUGAUCUUACUGUGAAACCCAUGGCCUACUCUUCCAUGUCCACCAUUUCUGUUUUGAAUGAGUUGAAUGUAGAUGAUAUUUCCCAGAUUGAGGACAAGCUUAUUCGUUUGGACAUCAAAGAGGUUUUCCUUUCUUGCUUUUGCUUUUUAGUUCUUUAA